UGAGCUGUGCCGUGGGUGCGGGAAUCUGCUCGGCGUGCGGUGGGCUGAGGAAUACGUUGAGGCCAGUGUAUUUCAGAACCAGCAAACAAAAGAAAAACAAACGUUUUCUUGUGUGCUCCCUGCCAUGUGUAUCCCAUACAAUUGCUUGUUUUUUGUGGGCUUUUGGCUUUUUGUUUUUUUUUUUUUUCCCCAGGAAGCUUUCUCGUUUGAGCUUUGUCAGCGUCUUAUUUGGUCAUAGUUAAAGGUGCAGUGACCAAAGGCAGCACUAAUCCAGGUGCACCCAUGGCUCUGUAGCUCCUUCCCUCUGCAGGUGUUGCUGCUGUGAGCUGCCUCUGCCCUCCUCACACUGUCUUUGUCCUUUAUGAAGAAGCUGUGUUGCCAAGACUUGCUGUGAAGAUGACCCACGCUACUGAAUGCAGUUGUCUGCAAAUGUAGGAGCCAACAAAUGCUAUGUCCCACCCUCCCUUGACUCUCCUCUUUCUCAUGGAAUAUAUAUUUCUAAAGUAUUUCUAGAUCUUUACUGAAGAUGUUUGGAUUAUAGCUAUGACCACAUCUAUGCAAAGGAGAUGAGCAAGCCUGAGCAAUGCUGAGAGAUCUCAAGAGCUGUUCUGCUUGUCUGCAUCCACUUAUUGAACGACUGGAAGUCAGCAGCCUAGCACAGACCUCCAGUGCAGUGGCCUCAAGCACUGAUGGCAGCAUCAAUGCAGACUCUGUCGAUGGCACCCCAGAUCCGCAGCGUACAAAAGCAGCCAUCACACACCUGCAGCAGAAGAUACUGAAAUUGACCGAGCAGAUCAAAAUCGAACAAACGGCCCGUGAUGACAAUGUGGCAGAGUACCUGAAGCUAGCCAACAAUGCAGACAAGCAGCAGAGCGCCCGCAUUAAGCAGGUGUUUGAGAAGAAGAAUCAAAAGUCUGCCCAGACGAUCUUGCAGCUGCAGAAGAAGCUAGAACAUUACCAUCGAAAGCUGCGAGAAAUCGAACAAAAUGGGAUCCCUCGGCAGCCAAAGGAUGUCUUCAGGGAUAUGCACCAGGGAUUGAAAGAUGUUGGAGCGAAAGUCACUGGGUUCAGUGAGGGAGUAGUAGAUAGUGUUAAAGGUGGGCUUUCCAGUUUCUCCCAAGCCACACAUUCAGCAGCAGGAGCUGUGGUUUCCAAACCCCGGGAGAUUGCCUCUCUCAUCAGGAACAAGUUUGGGAGUGCGGACAAUAUUGCUAAUCUGAAAGACUCCUUAGAAGAAGGCCAGGAAGAUGGGACAGGAGGCAAGGCUCUAGGUGUUAUCCAGAACUUUCAGUCAAGCCCAAAAUAUGGCAGUGAAGAGGACUGCUCCAGUGCUACGUCAGGCUCAGUGGGAGCCAACAGCACAACAGGGGGCCCUGUGGGAGCUUCCAGCUCCAAAACAAACACUCUGGAUAUGCAGAGCUCAGGGUUUGAUGCAAUACUACAUGAGAUUCAAGAAAUUCGAGAGACACAGGCAAGACUGGAAGAGUCAUUUGAGGAUCUUAAGGUUCGCUAUCAGAGGGAUUACUCAUUAAUAAUGCAGACUUUGCAGGAGGAACGGUACAGAUGUGAAAGACUCGAAGAGCAGCUAAAUGACCUGACUGAGCUCCAUCAGAAUGAGAUCCUGAAUCUGAAACAGGAGCUGGCCAGCAUGGAGGAGAAAAUUGCCUAUCAGUCUUAUGAGCGAGCCCGGGACAUCCAGGAGGCCCUGGAAGCGUGCCAGACCCGCAUCUCCAAGAUGGAGCUACAGCAGCAGCAGCAGCAGGUGGUGCAGCUGGAGGGUCUGGAGAAUGCCACGGCCAGGAACCUGCUGGGGAAGUUUAUCAACAUCCUCCUGGCUGUCAUGGCCGUCCUCCUUGUCUUCGUCUCCACUGUGGCCAACUGCGUCGUGCCCCUCAUGAAAACUCGCAAUAGGACGUUCAGCACUUUAUUCAUAGUGGUUUUAAUUGCCUUUUUGUGGAAGCACUGGGAUGCCAUCUCUGGCUACUUGGAACGGUUUUUGUCUCCCCCCAGAUGAUGCCAUGAGGAAUCGGCUGCAUCGCCCCCUCCCAGCACACUCGGUGAGCAAGCGUGGCAAAGAUUAGUCAGCAACUACGCCGCUGAAGUUUUAAAGUGUCUGAGUGAAUUUGUUUACAUUUAGAAUAACGUUUUUUCUCUGCGAGAUGCAUUGCAAUAGUAUUUUUUAGAUUUUAUUCAAGAACUCUUUUUGGCGAGAAUCCCGGAUAAUUUUUAUGUAGCAUGGUUCUCUUUGGAUGCAAAUCUUAAGAUUCUUUAAAGUGUACAAAAUAAAUAAAAUACCGAAAUUUGGAGCAUACCAAUGGGCAACUUAAACUGUGGCUUGAACUACUGUACUAAACCUGUCAGGAAGAGGAAGAAUGUGAUUAACUUAAGAUGAGCAAAACUAAAUGUAGUGCACGCAGCCUUGAGGGAUGGUACCACAGCAAACCUGUAACACUAAACUUUUACUGUGAAGUCUGCUCACAUUCCAUGUCCAAAUGUAUGGGUUUGGAGUGGUUUCUUUACAAGACAACAAAACAACGUGUGGAUCUCUUUCCCGACCCAGCGUCGGGUUUGCCAUUCGUGCUGACCUGACUGAACAGUGACUUUCUAUAAGGCUGGUUAACUGCUAAGUGUAUGAAGUGGAAGCCUCGUGCCACAUACAGAAACUGCACAGUCGUGCUGCAGUAUUUUGAAGUAGUCCUUGAAACACUUACCUUUAAGCAAAGCCCUUGGUCGCACUUUUAAGGUUUUUUUUUAAUGUAUGUAUAUUCACAGAUUUAAAAAAAAAUCCAAACAGCAUACUUGAAGAGUGUUAUACUCAAACUCUCAGUGCUUCCUUAUUGUUUCUAAUAGGAUUUUUUAUUAUUAUUAUUAUUAUUAUUAUUAUUAUUGGGUUGUUGGUUUUUGU